AUGCUCGCACUUCCCGAAAUUAUCACCUUGAAGAGUGGACUUGCGUGCCUUGUCAUUGCGUAUGCUGCGGACGAUCAGUUCCUGAGGAUGGCGGAGGUGCUCAGGAAGGCCAGCAUGGACAGAGUGGACUUGAUCUUCCAGAUUUGGAUCGAUGAGAUCAGCAGUUCCAAAGAUCAGGCUGUGCAAAAGACCCUAUCGAGGAUUGGGCCAAAUGCACACAUCACCGAAAAACUGGAUUCGACUUACCUCGAGACCCAGCAGGACUCUUCGAGUACAGGGCUCGCGAGUACGAUCCAGCUCAAAAUGGCUUUGAGCCCCCAACGUCUCACCGGAUCGUACCCAUCGACUGAAUGGACGUGUUUUAUUUCCAAGAACCCGAAAGACGCCCUGGGUCCGGCCACACAGCUUCACUUCCUGGAGGCGCUCAAGACUUCAAGGAUCGACGAUCUCAAAAGUCAAGGCCUCAUGCUCCGGGAAUCAUCGAUGCCUGGACGUGAGGAAAUCAUCAUAGCACGACCUUGGGACGAUCGGACGAUCAACAUCUACGAUUCAAGUUCGAACGACGGUCGAUCUAUGGACUUGACUGAGCGCGACCUGCCAAGCAUCUCAGAAGAGCCAGAUGAGAGUUUCCAACGGCCAGAAUAUGAUCCCACUUUUGCGUCUGCCGUCACAGGAGACAACGACAGGAGGGUUCACAGCUCUCGUCGGUCGUUCUCGCUGUUGACCUUCCUAUUGAAGAUUGGCAAGCGCAAAGAGAAGAAGCCUUGA